AUGACUGGCUUGGGUGACGAGGUGAAUGAAGGUAAGAAGAAAGCAGCAGCACUGUUUGACAGCCAGGCCCCUAUUUGCCCCAUCUGCCAGGUCCUGCUGAGGCCCAGCGAGUUGCAGGAGCAUAUGGAGCAGGAACUGGAACAGCUGGCCCAACUGCCCUCGAGCAAGAAUUCCCUUCUGAAGGAUGCCAUGACUCCAGGCACCCCCAAGUCCCUCCUGUUGUCUGCUUCCAUUAAGAGGGAAGGAGAGUCUCCGACAGCGUCACCACACUCAUCUGCCACUGACGACCUGCACCACUCAGACAGAUACCAGACCUUCCUGCGAGUGCGAGCCAACCGGCAGACCCGACUGAAUGCUCGGAUUGGGAAAAUGAAACGGAGGAAGCAAGAUGAAGGGCAGAGGGAAGGCUCCUGCAUGGCUGAAGAUGAUGCCGUGGACAUCGAGCAUGAGAACAGCAACCGCUUUGAGGAGUAUGAGUGGUGUGGGCAGAAGCGGAUACGGGCCACCACUCUCCUGGAAGGUGGCUUUCGAGGUACAACUCUUCUCCCUUUCUGUGCACGAGCACAGCUGGCAUUGCAGCUUGUGGUCAUUAAACUGGGCGCCUUUGCCAUCCUCAGCAGAGCUUCCUACCAGGCCAACUGGGAGCUGGACCAGAGUCUCAGCUUUGGCCAGGGGGUCUGUCCUGAAGACUCAACUGUCAUGGCCUACUGCAAACUAGGAUCCAUCGUCCUUGACCACCGUGCCAGAUACACGGAAGCUGAUGUCAUCCCCUGCACAGGCGAGGAGCCUGGUGAAGCCAAGGAGAGAGAGGCACUCCGAGGCGCAGUCCUAAACGGUGGCCCUCCCAGCACACGCAUCACUCCUGAAUUCUCUAAAUGGGCCAGUGAUGAGAUGCCAUCCACGAGCAAUGGUGAAAGUAGCAAGCAGGAGGCCAUGCAGAAGACCUGCAAGAAUAGUGACAUCGAGAAAAUCACCGAAGAUUCAGCUGUGACCACGUUUGAGGCCCUGAAGGCUCGGGUCAGGGAGCUUGAACGGCAGCUAUCUCGUGGGGAUCGUUACAAAUGCCUCAUCUGCAUGGACUCAUACUCGAUGCCCCUAACGUCCAUCCAGUGUUGGCACGUGCACUGUGAGGAGUGCUGGCUGCGGACCCUGGGUGCCAAGAAGCUCUGCCCUCAGUGCAACACGAUCACAGCGCCUGGAGACCUGCGGAGGAUCUACUUGUGAGCUAGCUACCCAGGCAGGCCUUGCCUCGACGAGCCCCACCUGCCCCCAGCCUCUGUGACAGUGACACUCUCCCCUUGUACAUACUUGCACACAGGUUCCCCGUGUACAUACAUGCACAUACUCACACAUGUGCACACGCACAUACACACAGGACUCUGGAGCCAGAGUGGAGGCUGAGGCCCAGGACCUGCCUCCUGGCUCCCACCAGGUUUGGGGACCAUACCUAUUCCAACCUUUGUUCCCAGAGUGGGGCAGGGAGGUGGGGGUGGGAGGAGUAACGGAGCAAGGCUCCUGAGAUCCAGCCCCCUGACAGACAGACAGACAGA